AUCCUUUGGAAAAAAGAUACAAAGUUUUGUCGAGAUUUUCACAGAAAACUAAAGAGAAAGAAAUGUGAAAUCAAUAAAAAAAAAUCAGUUUAAAAUAAUGCUAAAUUAAUAUGUGGAAUAUGUGGCAAUUAAUCCUUUUAUUGUGUAAAAUUUAUCUCUGAUAUUUGAGUUGAAAUUUUACGAAAAACAAAAAGUAUUGUUCCAAAGAAAAAAAACAUGGCGAAAACUAUAAACGACAAACGAAUAAAUUAGCUGCGGAACCUUGAAAAAUUAUUUGUUUGGCAAAUAUGCAAACAUAACUACUACUAAACGUUAAUAAACAAGAAAUAAUCAGAAAGUUACUUUGUCGAUUGAUAGAAACAUAUACUAUAUUGUCUGGCGAGUUUAUUAGAUAAUCCUCAUUUUGAGUUGGUUCUUUGUGUCUGCCUCCAUCCUUUUUGUUAUUUGGCUGGCUUCAGCAGACAUACAGGCCCCAUUAUCGCAACAACAACAACAGCACGCAAAAAGCAACAAUAGUAAUAUUAACACCAACAAUUGUAACAUCACCAUAUUUACAACAAUAUGGCUAAACCACCCUCUGACACCAAUGGCCUAGGCUAUGCCUAUCAUUUGCCAUCCGGUGGUCUUUUGCUGCGCCUUAAGAAUUCCCUCUCCCAAUUCAGUGAUUUAUUUAGUGAAUUUAAUAAAUAUAUAGCUCCAGCAUAUCAUCAUGACCGUUGUGAACGUUCCGUUCACAUGCGUUUGUAUUCGAUGCACAAACGUGAAUUUGUUAUGGUAUUUUUGGGAUUUUUCACCUGUUUCGGUUUGGGCAUAAUAAUUGGUCUAACUGGUCCACCGAUAACAAGCACAACCGAAAUAACAGCCAAAACUAUAUUGAAUCGUACAACUUUAGCGAAUUCGACGAGUGUUUUAGCCACAGGACCGUUUGCCAUGAAAUCGCCGCUAAUGACGACGUAUUCGCAGCAGUUGUGGUUAAUUGCGAAAAUCGUAACGAAUAAUAACGAUGAUGAAAAAUAUGAUAAACGAUUUUAUGUUAGCGUAGGAAUCGAUGGCAUUACGGAACAACACAAACCAUUGAGCAUUCUCUCCUCCAACAAUGUUCAUAAUCGGACACGACAUCUAUCCUGUAUACGUAAUGAUUGUGAAGAAUUUACGGUAAUGCAUUUGGGUUUCUUGGAAUAUGCCCAUUACAUCAUUACGGUGAGAUUUUUUGGUUUGGAAUCAUUUCAUCAGAAGUAUAAUAUAACGGGUAUAACAUUUUAUUUCAAGACAUAUAGCCCGGAAUUUACACAAAUUGAAAUAUGGUUCCGAUUCAUAUUUUUGCUGUUUGCCUUUAUUGUGAUAUGUUGGUAUGCCCAUAGCUUGAGAAAGUAUCCUAUCUACGAUUGGUCAAUUGAACAAAAAUGGAUAUCAGUUCUCCUGCCAUUGUUAUUGUUAUAUGAUAACCCAUUCUUCCCACUGAUAUUCCUCAUGAAUUCAUGGCUACCCGGUAUGUUGGAUGCUGUCCUGCAGGCUACAUUCCUAUGUUCUCUUUUAAUGUUUUGGCUAUGCAUCUAUCAUGGUUUGAGACAAAAUGAACGAAGAUUUUUACGUUUCUAUUUGCCAAAAUUAAUUGUGGUCAUGCCAAUAUGGUUAUGUGCCAUUGUUUUAGCCACUUGGGAGAAAUGUAAUGAAUUAAAGGAUCCUACCUAUAGUCAUUUUGUUGAUACGAAAAACUACAAUGGCUUUAAAAUGUUCUUUUACAUUGCCGGGUGUAUGUAUAUUCUUUAUUUGGCUAUGUUGAUCUUGAGAGCUUAUACAGAACUGCGAUCAAUGCCAUUCUUUGAUAUGCGCUUGAAAUUUCUUACUCUCUUGAUGCUCUUUGUCAUAUCAAUAACAAUUACCGUGACCACAUGUCGGUUUGGUUUCGGCAUUCUAGAGGAUAAUUUUGUAGCCAGUUUAAAUACCACCUAUAAAAGUUCAGCGCAGUUUAUGUGUUUCUAUGGUCUAUUAAAUUUCUAUUUGUUUACAAUGGCCUAUGUCUAUGCACCCAGUGGUAGAUUCUCGCAAGCUGAAAUCUCAGUCACCAAGGAUAACCCUGCUUUCUCCAUGAUUAACGAUUCCGACGAAGAAGUUGUCUACGGUUCGGAGGAUGAAUCACGACGUCCCCUAACAGUGGCUGGAAAAAACGACUACGAUAGCGAUUAGUUUAAUAUUGCAAAAUAAUUAAAGAUUCAAAACAGAAAAUUAUAACACAAACUACCACCACGGCUAUCAGCCGAAGACUCCCGCAAAAAUAAGUUUCCUGACAUUUUCAAUUGGAAGAACGUAAUAGUAAUUUUUCUAAAUUCUAUAUUUAUAGUGUAAUUCCUCUUUGUAUUUUCUCUCCUCAUCGUUUCUAUUUAUUAUUAUCCAAUUUGUACAGUUAUUGUUUUUUAAUUGGUUUUAACUUAACCUAGUAAUGAUAAACAAAAUUAACGUUUUUAUCGCCAUAAAUAUAUUCCUAAAAUAAUUUAAGUACGAGAAAAAUAUUAAUUAUAAUAAUGUAAUAACAACAAUAAUCAAAUAAAUAAAAUA